GCAACAAAUCUGCCUCUAGCAACUUCCCCUGAAAAUUAGUUGGCAACACUGUUUCCUGAUAUGAAAUUGAAAGUCAAUUUGGAGCCUAACGCAUCUACAAAAUGGCUGUUGAAACUGUGGCGCACAUUUCUCGGCAACAUUAGAUGUCUGAUAAAUGUAUUGAAAGAAGCAGACUCUGUGGUCAGUGCUCUAAAAUGAGUCUCUCUGUGGAGAAAGAGGGGGGCCCUGUCUCUAAAACGAGUCUCUCUGGGGAACAUGACACCAAAGCUAAGAGCCCAAUCAAGCAGGAGAGAACAGACAGCUGUGUGUCCAUGAACAGUGACCGGUCUAUGGGACUACCUAUAGACUUCAAAAAGGGAUAUUUUUCUCCUGAAAAAAGAAACCAACGGGAGAGAUCUUUUGUGAAGAACGAGAUGAAGAUGUUCAAGAGGAUUCUUAGUCCAGAACUCCUACAAGGCUUUGAGAGUCAGAAGCAGGAUGAGGAAGUGGUGGACGCUGAAGAUGAGAAGCAGGAGAGCAGUGCCAGAGACGCACUGUAUAAAAGUGUCCAGAAGGGCGGGAAGAUUGCCCCCGGUAAUGCUUUGGGCAGACCGCACCACCCUCUGGAGAGCUUUGCGAUUGAGGAAGGCUGUGCUUCUCUGGUCUCAGUUCUGAGGUCAAACCCCUCAUACCUGAGAGAGCUGGAUCUGAGCUACAAUCAUCCAGGAGACUCAGGAGUCAGACUGCUCUCUGCUGGACUGGAGGAUCCACACUGCAGACUGGAGAAACUCAAGCUGUCAGGCUGUGGAGUCACAGAGGAAGGCUGUGCUUCUCUGGUCUCAGCUCUGAGGUCAAACCCCUCACACCUGAGAGAACUGGAUCUGAGUGACAAUGACCUGAAGAAUUCAGGAGUGAAGCUUCUCUCUGCUGGACUGGGGAAUCCCCACUGUAAACUGGAGACUUUGAGGCUGUCAGGCUGUCUAGUCACAGAGGAAGGCUGUGCUUCUCUGGUCUCAGCUUUGAGGUCAAACCCCUCACACCUGAGAGUUCUGGAUCUGAGUAACAAUGACCUGAAGGAUUCAGGAGUGAAGCUGCUCUCUGAUGGACUGGAGAAUCCCCACUGUAAACUGGAGACUCUGAGGCUGUCAGGCUGUGGAGUCACAGAGGAAGGCUGUACUUCUCUGGUCUCAGCUCUGAGGUCAAACCCCUCACACCUGAGAGAGCUGGAUCUGAGUAACAAUGACCUGAAGGAUUCAGGAGUGAAGCUUCUCUCUGCUGGACUGGGAAAUCCCCAUUGUAAACUGGAGACUCUGAGACUCACUGGCUGUAAACUCACAGACACAUCCUGUGAAGUGUUGCCCUCAGUUCUCAGCUCAGUUCCCUCAUACCUGAGAGAGCUGGAUCUGAGUAACAAUGAUCUGAAGGAUUCAGGAGUGAAGCUCCUCUCUGCUGGACUGGAGAGUCCCCACUGUAAACUGGAGACUCUGAGGCUGUCAGGCUGUCUAGUCACAGAGGAAGGCUGUGCUUCUCUGGUCUCAGCUCUGAAGUCAAACCCCUCACUGCUGAGAGAGCUGGACCUGAGUAACAAUGACCUGAAGGAUUCAGGAGUGAAACUUCUCUCUGCUGGACUGGAGAGUCCCCACUGUAAACUGGAGACCCUGAGGCUGUCAUGGUGUCUAGUCACAGAGGAAGGCUGUGCUUCUCUGGUCUCAGCUCUGAAGUCAAAUCCCUCACACCUGAGAGAGCUGGAUCUGAGCUACAAUCACCCAGGAGACUCAGGAGUCAGACUGCUCUCUGCUGGACUGGAGGAUCCACACUGCAGACUGGAGAAACUCAAGCUGUCAGGCUGUGGAGUCACAGAGGAAGGCUGUGCUUCUCUGGUCUCAGCUCUGAAGUCAAACCCCUCACACCUGAGAGAGCUGGAUCUGAGUAACAAUGACCUGAAGGAUUCAGGAGUGAAGCUUCUCUCUGCUGGACUGGGGAAUCCACACUGUAAACUGGAGACUCUGAGGCUGUCAGGAUGUGGAGUCACAGAGGAAGGCUGUGCUUCUCUGGUCUCAGCUCUGAAGUCAAACCCCUCACACCUGAGAGAGCUGGAUCUGAGUAACAAUGACCUGAACAAUUCAGGAGUGAACCUGCUCUCUGCUGGACUGGGGAAUCCCCACUGUCAACUGGAGACUCUGAGGCUGUCAUUCUGUCUAGUCACAGAGGAAGGCUGUGCUUCUCUGGUCUCAGCUCUGAAGUCAAACCCCUCACACCUGAGAGAGCUGGAUCUGAGCUACAAUCACCCAGGAGACUCAGGAGUCAGACUGCUCUCUGCUGGACUGGAGGAUCCACACUGCAGACUGGAGAAACUC